UAUUUUUAACCUCUGCGCCACAAAUGUGCUCGAAAGAAGAAUGCUUUGCUGAGAAGAAGCUUUGUCGAAAGAAGAAAAUGGCGUCCGGUCAGUGCUGUUUUUUUUUUCACAACUUGUUUGGUAAUAAGCCUGAAGAUUACGUGUAAUCAAAAUGCAACAUUUCUAACAGUGCUUGGUUUAUAACUUGCAAAAAUAUUGUCUUUUCACAGUGCAAAUAAGUCUGCUGUACUGAAAAACUGUCGGGUUGAUGGCUCCGUAUAUAACGAACUACACAGCUGACAAUUCAUUGAUUAGAUAAAAGCUUCCCUCGCAAGGCACAGAUAACAAUAGGAGCAGAGACGCUACUCAAUCAAUUUGGCAGCACAUGCUAAGUUGCAGUAAAUCAGUCGUGAAUAACCCGAGUUCGCUGCAUCAUCUAAUAGUAGAAUAGCGCAAUGGCAGUUUCUCAGCAUGCAAGUGUUCGUAAAACAGUUAAGGAAGAUCUAGGUGCCAUAGUUGAGAUGAUACAAGAACUAGCCGAUUUUGAAGGAAUGUCCGACGGCCCAAAACUAACUAUUCAAGACUUGCUGCGUGAUGGAGGAUUCGAUGAUGGAGUAUUGUCGAAUAGCGUUCCCCUAUUCCACAGUUUCGUACUCGAACUGACGGAACAAAUCCGAACCGGGAAUAAAGGAAAAAUAACGUCAUGCUCAUCUAAUGACGAACCUUUGACCCGCACUACAAUAAUUGGGUACGCAAUCUGCUUCUACUCGUACUCCACAUGGCAGGGUAAAUCCUUUUUCCUAGAGGACAUUUACAUCAAACCAAACUAUCGCAAACGUGGUUACGGAGAGCUUCUAUUCAAAACGGUGGCUCAACAUGCGCUGGAAAAUGGCUGUAAGCGGUUAGAUUUCCAUGUGCUGGCAUGGAAUCCAGCUAAAUACUUCUACAAUCGCAUGGGAGCCGAAAAUUUAACAGAAAGUGAACAAUGGGAAUUUACCGUCUGCCAGGGGAAAAAAUGGAUGCACUUACCAAAAACGAUUCCUAGCGGUAGUAAACCACUGAAAAGUUGAGAAUAGAGAAAAAUUUUACUCCUAGUAAUUAGAACGCGCUAUACAUUACAACUUAACAAGUAUCCAAAUAAAGAACAAGUAUGCUGACACCGCAUAAGGAAUUGUGGGUGAAAUGCUACCAGAUAAGUGAUUCAAAAAAGUUCAAUAAAUUGAUAACAACAAAUUCUUAUUCAUUUAACUGGUGCGAAAAAAUCAUCAAAUCAAAGAUAUUGUAAAGAGAAAUUGGUUGUUCUACGAAACCUGAAAUGUGACUCGUAAAGGUUUUUUUAAUACAAAAAUAAUAAAGAGACGCACGUAAUCCAUUUAAA